AUGACGGGAACCAUUUGGUUUCUGCUCUUAGGGUUGAUUAUUGCAGCUGAUUUCGGCAGUGCAGAAGUGCCAGCCAUUUUUAUCUUUGGUGAUUCAACUGCUGAUGUUGGGACUAACAAUUAUUUGGAGGGCUGUAAAGCUGGAGCUGACAACCGUUUUUAUGGAAUUGAUUACCCUCACUCGAAACCAACUGGGAGAUUUAGCAAUGGCUUUAACACCAUUGAUUUAGUUGUGAGGCAAUUGGGUGAUUUCGAGGAGAGCCCGCCAGCUUUUCUCUAUCUGGUGCAGAACAUGUCUUGUUUCAAAAGCAAUAUACUGCAUGGUGUGAAUUUUGCUUCUGGAGGAUCUGGAAUUUGCAGAGAAACUGGAUCCAGGCCAUUUACAAAUGUUGUCCCUCUAGGGAAACAAAUUGAACAAUUCGCAACAGUUCGUGGAAAUAUGACAGAAUUGCUAGGUGAAGCUAAAACUGAAUCUCUGCUGGCUAACUCCUUGUACAUCAUAAGCGUGGGAAGCAAUGAUCUACUUGAAUAUGUUCGCUACGACUUCAAGAACAAAUCCUCACCCUCACUCCUCUCCAAUCUCACCUUCGCUUAG